AUGCAGCAUUUGGAUGAAUAUCGGAUAUCUGAAAAGACUGGCGCUAUGCUGGAAUCUUCUCUGCUAAACCUUCCAAAUACGCACGAUCCAUGGAAUAUAUUGGUGCAGCGACUGCCAGAAAUGUUUAGCAAGAAAACUGUUCGCGAGGAGGUUCUAAAGCUGCCAAUACUUUCCCUGGAUGGCCUAAGUAGCCACGAGGAGAUUCGUUUUGCUCACAAGACACUGACUUUCGCUGGUUGCGCAUAUUUAUGGCAACAUGGCCCUGGAAACGAGCCCGACUCUUUGCCACCGCAACUGGCCGUACCGCUGAUUCAGUCAUCCAGACGACUUGGGUUGGCGGCGACCAUCACGCAUCAAGACCUCACUCUAGGAAACUGUCGCUACACUGGAGCUGGAAACCUCCCGGAAUGCAUUCACAUACCUUCAAAUCAUGCCAGCUGGAAGCCAUUCAUAGAGGCAAGCGGCCUCACUGAGAUCGCCUCAGCCCCUGCUCCAAAACUAAUGUUGAGUGCAAUUGGUUCACAAAAUUCACUUGACUGUGACCACAUCAGCGACUGCCUACUUCAGCUUUGUGAUGUACUACAAGAAAUGACAGUAACCUUCAAAAACUUUUACAGGGAUUUGCGACCAGAAGGCUUCUAUCUGGAUGUCCGCCCGCUUCUCGCAAAUUGGUCAGGCAGAACGAAUGGACAAGGUUUAAUUUACGAAGGUGUACCACUUACUAAAAGUGAACAAAUCCGUUCCCCGAACCCAGGAAGUGGGUCCAAAUGGCUGCGGCUGCAAACAGUCGGAGCCAGUGCAGCUCAGUCGAUUUCUCUUCAGGCGAUGGACGCCUUCCUACAGGUUACACAUGAUCAAGAGGAUCAACAAUUUUUUCUUUCUAACCGGGAGGGCAUGAUUGCCGAACAUCGACGAUUUCUGGAGGAUCUUACAAAAUACAGCCGGAUUGGAGAGAUAGGUAAAACCACAGAUGACGUGCGAUUGAGAAGAAGUUACGAAUCACUCACCUCCGCAAUGCGAAAAUUCCGUCUGGCCCACCUCUCUUUGGUGGACAAAUAUGUCAUCAAACCAGCCAGUGACCUAGCAGCUAAAGUGAAAGCCUUGGAAUCCACAAAGACGGAAGUAAAAAGUUUGGGCAACUUCCUUCAGCGUGUGCAAAAACAUACACGCUAA